AUGCCACCCAAUAACCCUCCUCGUGCGGUUCGGCAAGAGUCUCAUCCUGCAUCAACAUCAGCAUCAGCAUCAGCAUCUUUGGAUGAUCUUUCCAUCGCUUCCGCUCCCGUCGGAGGAAGAAGAGGACCCCCCAUUACGGUCACCUCUUUGACUUCGGUAAAGUCGCAUGGCACUUCUACCGGUAGUGCUUUGGGUAGAGUUCCAAGCUACAACAAGGAGCUCUUGAUUGAAAUUGUUUCCUGUCGCAAUUUGAUUCCUUGCAGCAAAUCAGGUUUUUCCGAUCCCUAUGUGAAGAUUCGAUUGGGCAAAAUUGACAAGCACAAGACGUCCUGCAUCGAAAAAACCUUGAAUCCUUGCUUCCUGCCCAAACACAAGAAUACUUACAUUCUAAGGAGCAUGCCCAGCGAUGUCUAUGCCAAAAAGGGCAUUGAAUUGGUCGUCAAAAAUCAUGGCAACAACGCCUUUUCCUUUAGUAAUGACGACAUUGGUGUGGCCAAAGUCUCGGCCGAUCAGUUGUACGGCGCCACGGGACAAGAAAUGGAAUUUGAAUUGCAUCCUCCCACCUUUUCCAAACUCUUUCGACCUGGCGACAAGGCUGGAUUUAUUACUAUUCGAGUCAGAGAGGCAACCUUGGGCGACAAGGAUGAAAUCAAGGAUCGAUCCAAUGUCAUUAAAAAAGUUCGCAGCAAAAUCAAGAGUCCCAGAGCUGUGGAAUCCAAAACGGGUGUCUCCGGAUUGGACUUUGUCGACAUGGACGAGAAGAUACUCUUGGUCGAGAUUGUGUCGUGUCGUCAAUUGUUGGGUUCCGACAAGGAUGGUUCCUCGGACCCAUAUGUAAAAGUCAAGCUCGGUCCCAAUUAUAUUCACAGGACGGAAAUCAUGCACAAAACCUUGAAUCCCAAAUUUACACUCAAGCAACGCAAUACCUUUGUCAUUGAUUGUUCCAUUUCCGAACUGUUUGGGUUCCACGGAAUUGGCAUCAAGGUCAAGGAUUGGGAUCGGGGCGUCGGUGGCAAUGACAAUUUGGGAACGGUCCAAAUCCCACCCGAAGAUUUGUAUUUGUGCCAAACCAAAGAAUAUCAUUUGACUUCGCCGCCGGGCAAAUUGGAAGAUGCUGGAUUCAUUACCUUGAAGACACAAGAAAUUACCGAACAGGAACGAGACAAUUUGAAAAAGGGUUUGCUCAGCAUGGUCAAGAAACCUCCCAUUUCGCUUCCACCCAUGCUAGGUGCCCAAAAGAAGAAGCGAGAGGGUCCUACCGAUACUACCUUGUUGGUGGAAGUGGUUAGUUGCAAAAAUUUACGACCAGGAAUUGGAAUUGACAUGUCGGUGGAUCCAUUCGUCAUGGUCUUUGAUGGUGAACAUGAAGUCCAUCGAACGGACUCGGUGGCGAACAACCAAAAUCCAAUUUAUACGGUUGGCAAUGGAGGUGUAUUUUUGUUGGAUAUCAGUAAAGAACAAUUUGAGAAACAAGAAAAGGGACUUUCCUUCAAGAUUCGUGAUUGGGAUCCUUUGGGCGGAGAAGAGUUGGGACAAGUCACUGUUCCACCCAAGGAUAUUCUCGAAAACAAAGGGGAACGCAUGCUUCUCAAGUUGCUACCACCCGAUCGAUCCAAAUUGAAUCCGGGAGCACUCUUUGGGUCUGCCGCGGGUGCGCUUGGAUCCGUCGGUGGUGCCAUGGUGGGUGGUGUGGGUCAAGUUGGUGGGAGUGCGGUGGGAUUGGUCGGCAAGGGAGUCAAAGGAUUGGGCAACACGGGAGUGGGAAAGUUUGCCAAGACGGCCACCAAACCCAUGAGCUCGGCUGUGCAAAAGAAAGGUGGCGCUGUAUUUAAUGGAGUCAAGGCUGGUGGUGGUGCAUUGGUCAGUGGGGUCAGGGCUGGGGCGGGAGCCAUUAAUCAAUUCAAUCCAUUGGUGUCCAAACGAGCAGAAGAUGAUUAUGGUUACAUUACCAUUCGGUGUCGGGAAGCUACUUCCUAUGACAAGAAAUUCAUGAAGUUUGCCAAGGAACGAAGGGGAGACUUUUUGGGUUGUCGUCAAAAUAAUGAAUUCAUCUUUCAUACCAAGGGUGGGAUCUCAAGUUUAUUACCACCAAGGUUGUCCAUUAAGGAAAGGUCUGGCCCUGAUGCCGGUGUCGAAAAGUUCCUUGUUCGACCAGAACCAGAUCCAAAGCGUUCCGCCAUCACCAAAUACCUUUCCGAAAAGGAGAUUGAAGACGAAGCUCUGAAACCUUCUCGGGAAUGGCUGUACCUUGGCUCGGGGAUUACCGGCCGCUUGUACGUCGAAAUACUUGGAUGCGAUGGACUUCCAAAUAUGGAUACAAUUGGCAAGACUGAUUCGUUUGCGCUCGUCGUAUUUGAAGAUGCCUUUGGCAAAACCGACGUCAUUGAUGAUUGUUUGUCUCCCAAAUGGAUGCCCUGGUCACGACGUGCUUUCAUGUUCAGCAUGGAACAUCCCAGUAGUGAUUUGCGGGUGGGAAUAUUUGAUUUUGACAAGAUGGGCCAUAACGAUUUGAUUGGGCGAGUGACAGUUCCAAUUUCACAUCUUCGACCGGAUACCGAAUAUGUUAUGAGCUACCACUUGUAUGAAGAUGCCGUCACACCCGAGCGACUACCGCAGGGAACCGUUACAUUGCGAGUGAGAGUCGAGUACGGAAGCCCCAAGCAAGUUGUCAUGGCGAAUCUUAAGCCUCCAGUCGAGCAAUUCAUCAACUUUCAGAAUCCAAGACAUUUGGCCAUGGCACAACUUGUGGUUGAAGGAAAGACUGAUAUGGUGUCCUAUGGUAUUGGUACUUUGACAAUGCACAUUGCGGAACUGACGUCGUACAAGAGUGUCACCUAUUACAUCACAGAUGCCAUUAUUUCACUUUUGCUCUGGCGGGGCCAGGUGCCGCUAUUUGGAAAAUUCAAGAUCCCCCUCCACUCAAUGAUUGCAUUCUACGCCGCAAUCACUUUUGUCGAACGCCCUACUCUUUGGUUUUCUUACUUUUGGUUCGGAAAUGCUUGGUUGCUUCUCGCCAUUCAAAACUGGCGAAAUAAUGCACCAAAUGCCUGGAACCGAACAACUCCGUUUGCGCGCAUCCUCAUGAUGAUGGCCUUGGACAAAGCUGCUGGACCCGAAAUCAUUCCGGCGGACUUCCAAAAGGCGGAAGCCGUCGAGUAUGAAGAAUAUAUGGCAGAACGAGUCCGAAAGGCAGAGGAAGCAGCCUUGAAGCGCUAUGAGGAGAACAACAAGCUCUGGGCGGAGCAUCAGAAGGAGACAGCCGAGUUGGAUCAAGUUGGGGAGACUGAUAUCUCCACCAAGAAAUCAAGUCUUGCCGAUUAUGCGUCUCCUUUCAAGAGUAUUCUGUAUCCCAUUCAACAACUCUUGUACACUAUCUGUUACUACCUUCGCAUUGUUCGAAACAUUUAUCUUUGGGACGAACAGUACUAUGCUGCCUUUUUGACGGCGGCAAGUAUUGUCAUUGGACUUGUUUUCUACGUCCUUCCAUGGAGCUUUAUCCUUCGCUGGACUGGACGCCUCGUCGCUUGGCUUGUGUUUGGCCCUCACAUGAAGCUUGUGGAUGUCUUUUACUACAGCAAGUUGAAGGAGGCCACCGAAGAAGAAGAAGCAAAGAAGUUGACCGAAUACUACAAGAAUCUCAAGGAGUCCGCUGAAAAGAAUGCUCAAGUCGCACGAAUCCGGACCGAGGAGGCAGUCAAGCAAAAGUCUGUGAAGGAAAUCCUAUUUGGCGAGUUUGUGGAACGUGUCCCUGUUAUCAAGUGUGAACGGUUCAUUGAUCUGCCGCUCUACAAUUCAUACUCCAAAAAGUACGUUCCACCUGCCGAAGAGCCAAAUGUGACUCAUCUCGGAGGUCAAGGACUUAUUGGAACCAUGAUUCCGGAGAUUCGUUCCAUCAAGGACCAGAAGGAUGCCAAGGCCAAGAAGGAUGCUGAAGAAGAGGCGAAAGCAAAGAAGGCAGCAAAGGUCAAACGCGUCUAG